CUUUUCAUUGAAUAUUUAAAUGGUACAAUUGUAUAAGCAUUUUUUAAACCCAUUUUACCUGAUCAGCAAGAGUACGGAUUUUGUCUAUGGAGACUAUUGUUAUGAAACACGUCCCCCGGAAGUAAUUUUAACCGCAUGAGUCAAAAGCCGACAGCUCUCGGUGGACGUAACAUACAGGCAGUGCAGUGUUUCACAGUUUUACUAACUUCAUCAUGGCUGAUUCUUUGCUUCGAUGGACUGCUGAUAAGUUAAAGCAUAAUUUUGGAUUGGAGGCAGGCGAUGACAUUGUACAGUACAUCCUAUCUAUUGACAAUGCUGAUGAAAUUGUGGAGUAUGUUGGAGAUCUCUUACAAGGAACGGAGGGAAACAAGAAGGAUUUUGUGGAUGAGCUGGUGCAGAGAUGGCAGAGGUAUCAGAUGCAAGCGCCUGAUGGUCAAGGGGGCGUCCUUAAGAAAGAGGCAAUCAUGGAGGGUCUGGAUACAGCUACCAAAGACACUCAGAAGAAGUCCAAGCGGAAGGGAAGAAACAAGCAAGAGAUUGUGACUGUCUGUCAGGAAGAACCAGAGCCUGUGAAAACUCCCAUUGACUUGAUGAAGGCACAAGAAAACAGCGGCUCCAGCUCAGUGAAAAAGAAGAGCAAGUUUGUGAAUCUGUAUGCUAAAGAGGGUCGAGAUAAGCUGGCUGUUCUUCUUCCUGGCCGUCAACCCUGUGAGUGUCUGGCUCAGAAACACAGACUCAUCAACAACUGUCUGAGCUGCGGCCGUAUAGUGUGUGAGCAAGAAGGAUCUGGACCCUGUUUGUUCUGCGGCAGUCUGGUCUGUACUACAGAGGAGCAAGAGAUACUGCAGCGGGACUCCAACAAAAGUCAAAAGCUCCGUAAAAAACUCAUGGGAGAGGGAACUGAGCGGGAGUAUCUCCCCCAUCAAGAGGCCAAGAUGAAAGCUGGUCUGGAAAAUGCUGUAAAGCACAAAGACAAACUUCUGGAGUUUGACAAGAACAGUGUUAAGAGAACACAAGUCUUGGAUGAUGAAUCCGAUUAUUUUGCAACGGAUUCCAACCAGUGGCUUUCUCCAGGUGAGAGGGAGGCAUUACGCAAGCGAGAGGAGGAACUCCAGGAGCUUCGACACGUUUCCCGCAAAGACCGCAAGAUUACAAUCGACUUUGCAGGGAGACGAGUGCUGGAUGAAGGGGAGAAUUUGACUCCGUACUACCAGAAGUUUGAUGAGACAGUCAAGGCCAUCAACACUGGUUCUUUUGGCCAGACACCAAAACAUUCUGUUUCCACUGAUGGACAGCACCUCAGAGAGCUCGUCAACCCCAACAUCAUGCAGGCCGCACCAGAGUGGGUUGAUGUGUCCGGUAGUGGCACCUCGCGCAAGUCUUCAUCCAAGACUGUAAGUAAUACACAAAAAAGUGAGCGCCGCCAACUCAGACUACAGGACAAAGAGCUGCAGGAGAUCUCAGAUGGUGGCUGGUGUCUCAGCAUGCAUCAGCCAUGGGCUUUGCUGCUUGUUAAGGGCAUAAAAAGGGUAGAAGGCAGAACGUGGUACACAUCCCAUAGGGGGCGCCUGUGGAUUGCUGCUGCUGCUAACAGACCUCCUCAAGAGAUUGCAGAGGUAGAGGCCAUGUACCGCCACAUUUACAAAGAAGAGCCCAAGUUUCCUGCGGAGUAUCCCACAGGCUGUCUGUUGGGCUGCGUGAACGUCUCCGAUUGUCUCUCUCAGGAGCAGUUCAGGGAACAGUAUCCCCAGAUCAGCGAGGAGUCGACUUCUCCAUUUGUCUUCAUUUGCUCCAACCCCCAGGAGUUGGUGGUGAAAUUUCCCAUGAAAGGGAAACACAAGAUUUGGAAACUGGAGAGCCAGAGCCACCAAAGUGCCAAGAAGUGUUUAAUGCAGCCAGCGUAACCUGAACAAAGCCAUGCGGUCAAGAGACGAGGAACAGAGUCCCUGUGAAAGCCUCACGUUGGCCAUGCUACAGCAGGAAUCACCAUGUCACAUAUGGGAUAUGUGGAAGAAAUGGUGACAUCAAUGCACAAUCAUUCCCUGAUUAAAUGUUAUUGCUUUUUCUGCAAUAAAAGGCUGAAGACUA